ACUCCACACUCUCCCUCCCUCUUCUGCUCCCCAAAAUCAACAACACAUUAUAGCUCCAGACGACUUGUCGUUUCCGGAGCCUCCACCAACACAUCUGCUUUGGAUUUCAGCCCCAGCAUCGGUGAGGUCCUCGGUGACGUUAGCAUUUUCACCGCUGCUGGUGAUUCCGUCCAGUUCAAAGACCUCUGGGAUCUGAACGAGGGGGUGGCUGUUGUUGCACUAUUGAGGCACUUUGGAUGCCCUUGCUGUUGGGAACUUGCUUCGGCUCUAAAAGAAUCUAAAGCUAGAUUUGAUUCAGCUGGUGUGAAAAUAAUUGCAGUUGGUGUUGGUAGUCCUGAUAAAGCUCGUAUCCUUGCAGAACGGUUACCAUUUCCAAUGGAUAGCCUUUAUGCUGAUCCUGAUCGCAAGGCAUACGAUGUGUUGGGCUUAUACUAUGGACUUGGUCGAACUUUCUUCAAUCCAGCUAGUGCAAAGGUGUUUUCAAGAUUUGAGGCUCUGCAGAAAGCUGUAAAAAACUAUACCAUUGAAGCCACUCCAGAUGACAGAAGUAGUGUGUUACAACAGGGAGGGAUGUUUGUCUUUAAAGGUUUUUCAGUUACGGAGCAUGAUAUUCAAAUUUUACCCAGUCGAGUGUGCAUACGAAAUGCUCUUGUUUCAUAUUUCAUGCUGCAGUAAUCAGUCAAACAGUCUGCCUGCCUGUUCAACCUUGCCAUUCUUAACAUCUGGUAUAUUUAAAAUUCAAUGAAUGCUAAUAUACUGCAUCAUGUCAUUGUAUAAUACAGAUUAGCAUACACCAGAAAGAAAAGAAAAGAAAAAAAAACCAAUGAAUUGUUGUAUAUAAUAGUAACAUGAUGUUUUGUGAACCUUUUCCUGGUUCCAGUUUACUCUUUACCUACAUAUGCUCAUCAUACUUCUAAACA